CCUCCCCUCUCGGGGCACUGCAGACCAGACUCAGGUUUAAACAGAGAGGAUUAGCUCGCAGUAUGAGGUCGAUGGUUGCAGACAGGGAGUCAUGCUAAUGAUUGAUGAUGAGUUUCUCAUAUACGUUUUCCUUGUUGGAGCCCGCCAAGUUAAAAAGAAGGCAGUCUCAUCCCUUUUGCAAAGGAACCAUAAAAAACAACCUAUACAAACAGACUGGAGGUUUACCCUUUUUCUUUUGAAGAAUGGAUCAAGUUGAGGACUGAAGGUUUGGAUGCUCUGACAUUACUGGAUCCUUUAUUAUAGUCUUCAUGAUGAGAUCAGUCUGCUCUCCUAGACAUUGACUUGAGCUUCCCCAGGCCCGAUGUGCCCAUGAAGCCCUUGUUUCAGUGCAGGCUUCAGAAGCUGAGGCUAUAAAGGGACAAGAGGACUAAUCUGCAGCCUUAGUCUUGGUUCCUGGACUUCUCUUUAGUCCUUUAUCAGUCCUCCCUGUUCCCUGCCAUAUCCCCUCACCACUCCACUGCACCACAGCCCCGGCUUCACCUGUGGCCAACAUGGGCUGGUUCCUCCUCCCAUUUGAUAACCUGCUGUGUAUAGUCCUUGGUAUAUCCUUCACUGUGGGAUUCAGCUCGCUGCUAGUCAUAGUCGUGCCGGCCGUCCUUGGAGUGUCCAUUGGGAUCCGCAGACUGUACAUGAAGAGUCUUCUCAAGGUCUUUGAGUGGGCUACUGUGCGGAUGGAGAGAGGCGCAAAGGAGAAGAAUCAACAUCUUUAUAAACCCUAUAGUAAUGGUAUCAUAGCUAAAGAACUGUCCUCUCUGGAGCAGGAGAUCCAGGAGCUCCGUGCCAGCGGCACCACUCUGAGCUCUGAGCCUGAGUUUGAGAUGGCCGACAUCAUGUAUUUCUGCCGGCGGGGGGUGGAGAGCAUCGUGGAUGACGAGGUGACCAAGCGCUUUUCUGCUCAGGAGCUGGAGUCCUGGAACCUGCUGACCCGCAGCAACUUCAACGCCCGCCACAUCAGCCUGCGACUCAGCGUGCUCUGGGGACUGGGUCUCUUCAUCCGCUAUGGCUUCCUGCUGCCACUCAGGGUUACUCUGGCAGCCUCUGGUAUUGGUCUGCUUGUGGUCUUGACUACCAUAGUGGGCUUCAUACCAAGCGGCUGGUUAAGGACGUACCUCAGUGAGAAGAUUCAUCUGAUGUCUUAUCGCAUCUGUGUCCGAUCCCUCACUGCCAUCAUCACCUAUCACAACAGUGAGAACAAACCAAAGAAUGGAGGCAUCUGUGUGGCGAAUCACACAACUCCCAUUGACGUCAUCAUCCUGGCCAAUGAUGGCUGCUAUUCUAUGGUUGGCCAGAUCCAUGGUGGUUUGAUCGGGGUAGUCCAGAGAGCCAUGGUGAAAUCCAGUCCCCACAUCUGGUUUGAGAGAUCUGAAGUCAAAGACCGCCACCUUGUGGCCGAAAGGCUUAGCAAUCAUGUAGCAGACAAAACUAAACACCCCAUCCUCAUCUUCCCAGAGGGCACAUGCAUCAACAAUACCUCAGUGAUGAUGUUCAAAAAGGGCAGCUUUGAGAUAGGCUGUACUGUCUACCCUGUGGCCAUUAAGUAUGACCCUAGGUUUGGCGACGCGUUCUGGAACAGCAGUAAGUUUGGGAUGGUCAACUACCUGCUGAGGAUGAUGAGCAGUUGGGCCAUCGUCUGCAGUGUCUGGUACCUUCCACCUAUGAGCAGAGAGGAGGGAGAGGAUGCGGUGCAGUUUGCCAACAGAGUAAAAGCAGCCAUCGCCACGCAGGGAGGACUGGUGGACCUGCUGUGGGAUGGAGGGCUGAAACGAGGGAAGGUGAAAAAUACGUUCAAAGAGGAGCAGCAGAAGCUGUACAGCAAGGUGCUGGUUGGAGACCAGGAGGACCAAGGUGAAGACAGACCACAGGAAGAUGAAGAAGAAGAAGAAGAAUUAGAAGAGGGGGACCAAAAUGAAGACAGACCACUUGAAGAUUACACACCCAGACCACUGGAAGACUGCUCUCUGAGACUACAAGAAGAAGAGGAGGAGAGAGGCUCAGAGACACCAAUGAAGGACCAAUGAGGGUGGGGGUUCCAUUCCUACCAGGUUAUUAAGUGUCAGCGGAGCCCCACUCACUGUCUUGGUGAGGCACUAGACCAGAGGAUUUAUUGGAUUGGAAGCCUUAAAGUAAUUUCAAUAACAAUGAACUACUCAGAGACCAUUUCAAUAGCAAUUAACUACUCAGAGACCAUGUAGUGCAACUGAAACAGUAUCAUUUUCUACAGGCUGUAAGCCACAUACUUUUGAGUUUGUGCUGCACUAUGCACAGUCAUUUUAUGAAUGUUAACUGUUUUAAUACUGUAUUUAAAUGUUUAUCUUUAAUAUUUUCUUUGUAUUUAUGCCAUUUUGACCACUAUAUUUGGGUAAUUUUGGGUAGUGCAAUUAGGUCCCCCAAAACUUGAUUAAAACAAUGUAUCAUACAGAGGACAUGUUAAACUUAAUAAAAUUAAUUUCAGCCUGUUUUGGCCUUCCAUGGUGACAUCACCAUACAGGUAAAUUAAUAGACCAAUAAGAAAGAGGGUGCCAAAUCUCCUGCCAAUAACAGCACAUUUGUACUUUUCCCCUCCCCACUCAGACUACUCCCAGACAAUCCUAGCAAAAUUCUUGCUUGAGAAAUUGCCCUUUGCUAAGAAGCUAUUCUUGUUAGUUUUCAAGUAAAAUUUCAAUUAAACUUUUUACCCAGAAAUUAUUUGAUAUUGAGAUAAAAUGGCUGCAUUGGAACUUUUAAAGUAACAGGGUUGACUUAACAGGAUUGAAGUUUUCAUCUUAAAUUAGCCAUAACAUGUGUGCAAUAGGGAUGGGCAAUUGAAUGCAUGCUUCAUCACAAUUAUUAUUUUAUUUUAUUUGUACAUUUCUACCCUCUCUAUCUAUGGGGAAACAUUCAGUUAUCCACCACACAACACCAGAAAAUGACCAAAAAGCUUUUACAUUAUGAUUUGAUGUCAUAGUUUCUAUAGAGAAAAUAUUUUAUAAAAGGAAUAGUUUAAAUUAGAGUUCCAUUAAUGUAACAGGGUGGCCCCUAAAAUGAGGGACAAAUGUAAGUUAUUCACUUAUCGCGUGAAGUAAAUAAUAAUCUUCAGAAAUGACUUUGUCAAAGCAAUAAAAUAACUAGGGCUUUACAAUGAUGGAGAAAUGUUUGGGUUAAGUGGGUUAAAAUCCUACUAGAAGUCUGGAAAACACGAGGGAUAUGUCAAAAUGCUGAUUUUUGGCACUUUAGCAAGUCUUUAGUCAAAUAAAAAUCUGUUAACGUUAAAUGGCACUUUAAUAUAACAGGCUUUUUAGUAUUGGUGCACAAUUACAACUUCAAAUAUCAAAGGGAGGCAAAAGGCACUCUAUUCGUGGAACGAUCCAUUUAUGCAUAUUGUGAAAACAGGAGGAAAGGUUACAAAGCCACAGCAGACCAAAUAUGCAGAUAAUGGGUCAAUAUGUGUCACAGUCCUAGACAAUAGAGAACAUGACACGGAAGACUGUUACCAUGUUAUCUAAAUAAGCUUUGUUGUACAAUUAAUGGUAAAAUGUAUUGCAUUUCUAAAAGUUAACAAUACUGUCAUAAAUUCAGUGUGUGUGAAAUUAGGCUAAAUAUAAGCCCCACUGAUAAUUGUAUCAAAAUACACUGAACAAAAAUAUAAAUGCAACACUUAAAGUGUUGGUCCUAUGUUUCAUGAGCUGAAAUAAAAGAUCACAGAAAAUGUCCAUAUGCACAAAAAGCUUAUUUCUC